AUGAACUCCCCUUCCCAACCGACCCACGCCCGGAGUCGCCUCACCCCAUCCGCCCACUCGCCGCUCGCAGCCUUCAGCUCCGACGUCUCGACUCGCUCGAGAUCAUACCACGCCCUCUCGAUACCGAAACCAACUUCAAGCAACACCCCGCAGAUCCCACCCAUGACCUCCCCCACGGCGCCCCUCAGAUCCCGCUCCCUCACGCUCAGCGGUAGAUCAACCAUCAACCUCGUAUACCGGUACCGACACCGCGAAUACGUCUCCGCAAACAGCGCGCCCUGGACAUCCCACGUCUGCCGAUCAAUCUCGCGCGGAUACUCCAGAAACGAGACGAGGAACAUGUGGCUCUGCCCACGCAACUUGUAUAACCACUCUCUCACCGCCGUCACAUUGCUCCAGUCACUGCCAUCGCCGCCGAACCUUGCACCCUCCUCCAUGACCAUCAAAUGCCCAGCCGUCCGCUGCACAAUCUCCCCCAUGGAACUCACCCACUCCAUCCCACUACACCCCCCCUCGCCCACAAGCGCGUCCCUCAACAUCACCUCCGUCUCCCACCUCAUCCCCGCCGCCGCCUCCGCCGUCACAUUCUCCAAAUGA